CUCUGUGUCUGAAACCAGAGGUAGAAAAUGGGAAGCUGUCUGAGGAUAAAGAUCUGUUUGUUGAGUCUGAAAAUGUCACCAUCCGGUGUGACUCUGGCUACGGUGUGGUCAACUCUCAGAACAUCACCUGCUCUGCAAACAGAACCUGGUACCCUGAGGUGCCCAAGUGUGAGUGGGAAGUCCAUAAUGGCUGUGAGCAAGUGGUAGAAGGCAGCAAACUCAUGCAGUGUCUCCCAAGCCCCGCGGACGUGAAAAUGGCCCUGGAGGUGUACAAACUGUCUCUGGAGAUUAAACGACUCAAGCAAGAGUAAGACUUGAAGAGGAACACCCGUUAGAAAUCAG